CCUUCGCUCCUUCCUUUUUGCUGAACGUGUCAGCCAUGGCACCAAUUAAAAAGCACGUGGUCAAGAAACAGGGUGGGAAGAGGAAGAAGCAGAUCCUGAAGUUCACCCUGGACUGCACUCACCCUGUCGAAGAUGGUAUCAUGGAUGCUGCCAACUUUGAGCAAUUCCUGCAAGAGCGCAUCAAAGUGAACGGCAAAGCUGGAAACCUUGGCGGUGGUGUGGUGUCCAUCGAGAGGAGCAAGAGUAAAAUUGCUGUCAACUCUGAAGUUCCCUUCUCAAAGAGGUACUUGAAGUAUCUUACCAAGAAGUAUCUGAAGAAGAACAACCUCAGGGACUGGUUGCGUGUCGUGGCCAACACCAAGGAGAGCUACGAGCUGCGCUACUUCCAGAUCAACCAGGACGAGGAGGAGGAGGACGAAGAUUAAACUUGACACCACUCUUAAUAAAAUGUCAAAAGAUGAAAACCAAA